GGACCCCACAUCACAUUCCUCGUCGUCGUCGUCUUCUUCUUCUUCUUCAUCUUCAUCCUUUUGUCUAAAAUCAUUUUUAGUUAAGAUUAAAUGCAGGAGAGAAUGAGCAACUCAGUGCCUGGUACUCGGACCCGGGUCGGGAAAUACGAGCUGGGGCGGACUCUGGGAGAAGGCAGCUUCGCCAAGGUCAAGUUCGCCAAGAACAAGGAGACAGGUGAUUCUGUCGCCAUAAAAAUCAUCGACCGGGACCGUGUGCUCCAUCACAAGAUGAUCGAACAGAUAAAAAGGGAAAUAUCCACGAUGAAGAUGAUCAAACAUCCGAAUGUUCUUAAUCUAUUUGAGGUUAUGGCAAGCAAAAGAAAGAUCUACAUUGUUCUUGAAUACGUUGAUGGAGGCGAACUCUUUGACAAGAUAGCUAAAUAUGGGAAACUUGAAGAAGAUGCAGCAAGGAGAUAUUUUCAACAGCUCAUUAAUGCUGUGGAUUACUGCCACAGUAGAGGUGUAUACCACAGAGAUUUGAAGCCAGAGAAUCUAUUGCUGGAUUCUUAUGGUGCUCUUAAAGUUUCAGACUUUGGGUUAAGUGCACUUUCGAAGCAAGUGCGGGCAGAUGGGCUGCUUCACACCGCCUGUGGUACACCAAAUUAUGUUGCACCAGAGGUGCUCACUGAUAAAGGCUAUGAUGGUACAUCAGCUGAUGUAUGGUCCUGUGGUGUCAUUCUCUUUGUUCUGAUGGCUGGAUACUUGCCCUUUGAUGAGUCGAAUCUCCCAGCUUUGUAUCGGAAAAUUUAUAGGGCUGAUUUCUCCUUUCCAUCAUGGUUUUCAUCCGGUUCAAGGAAGCUAAUUAAGCGAAUUCUUGACCCGAAUCCACUCACUAGAAUAACUAUUCCCGAAAUUCUAGUAAAUGAUUGGUUCAAGAAAGAUUACAUGCCAGCGCAUUUUGGACAGGAAGAGGAUGUAAGUCUUGAUGAUGUGGAUGCUGUCUUCAAUGACUCUGAGGAGCAUCUUGUUACAGAAAGGAAAGAGAAACCGGUCUCCAUGAAUGCCUUUGAGCUUAUUUCUAGGUCACAAGGAUUCAGUCUCGAAAAUCUGUUUGACAGGCAGAUGGGUCUAGUGAAGAGAGAAACUCGUUUUACUUCCAAGUGUCCUGCAAAUGAAAUUAUGUCAAAAAUCGAGGAAGCUGCUAAACCUUUGGGUUUUAAUGUUCACAAAAGAAACUAUAAGAUGAAGUUAAAAGGUGACAAGACUGGAAGAAAAGGUCAUCUUGCUGUAGCUACAGAGGUUUUUGAGGUGGCUCCUUCUGUGCAUAUGGUGGAACUACGUAAAACUGGUGGUGACACACUAGAGUUUCACAAGUUCUACAAGAAUUUCUCUUCCGGAUUGAAAGACAUUGUGUGGACCUCUGAGUUAGAAGCAGAAGAAACAAGAUCAUAGCAACUUCUCCAUGCAAUUGAUUGAUUUCUUGGAUUCGCCAAGCGAAUUGCAUAUUUAGUCUAAGAAAUCUAAGAUAGCAAGGUAAAAGGACAACAAUAGCUCUUAAUUUAUACGAGCCUAUGGGAUGGAAAUAUAGCUCAAGUGCUCUGUUAUGUGAGGUAUUAGUUCAAUAUUCUUGGUUGUUUCAGUUUUCUCCUUACAUCCUUUUAUCAUUUUGAAUUGAAUUCAUUGGGAUGCUUUCUUGGGAGUUAUUAUAUAUAUCAUAUAUCGAAUAUAUUUAGGACA